AUGUCUUCAAACCCCAGAAAACCGUUCCACAUCGUUUCCCUCCCAUAUCUCACCAAACUUGCACAUGGAUCAGCUCCCUUCCUUGCCACUUUUCUCCUGAUCCAUCUCGCCGCGCCCGCUGUGGCCAACCUCGGGGGCUCGUCGCUAUCCUCACAAACCAUGCUUCUAGGAAGGGAAUAUUACCAAACAAGCUUUGGGGAGAAUUUCCUCCUCCUGAGUCCGCUGGUAGUGCACUCUAUGUCAGGAAUCGCCAAACGUCUGCUCUCCCCAAAGGACCAGCCUCCGCGCCCUGCAUCCAGCUUGUUGAGCAUAUCGGGAUACGCUACCCUCUUUCUCUUCCUCCCUAUACAUUACAUGACGCACCGCGUGAACCCUACUUCGGACGUCCCACCCAUUUUUGCCGUCGGACCCUCAGAGCUCGACUAUGAGUAUGUCAAAAUGGGACUACACACUUGGCCUUGGAGGAGUUGGCUUCUAUACGGAGGCCUAGUGGGCUCCGCUACGCUCCACCUCGCCGAUGGGAUGGCGGUCAUCUGGAAUACUUACUUGAAACGUAAAUUGGCAAGCAGUUCACGGAAAACAAGACUCGCAGUGAGCUUGGGUGUUAUCGCGUUGCCCGUCAUGAUGGGUAUUUACGCUUUGUCCCAAGAACCAAUGAUGAUAUUCGCGUCGACUAUGGAAAGGUACAAAGCGUCGUUCAUGUCAUCCACGGUAUAUCAAAUCUAG